GUCGCGAUGGCUAUUAUCAAGCAUGCGUUGAUGGCUCUCGUGCUCCUUGGGUUAACCAUGCUUCAAGGAAGAGACGUCGCGCUAGUGCAAGCUCUGGACACGGACUGCGAAUUCGACACGGACUGCCCCAUCACGAUGGCGUGCGUGAAGAUCAAGUACCGGUCGUUCUCGACGAGUCAAGUUCGCGGCAAGUGCGCGUUGAAGAACGUGUGUCGCGGCAGCAGCUCCGGCAACUGCCCCAGUUACAACGCUCCGUCGGCACCUGGAGGAGAGCUCGCCACGCAAUGCGUGCUCGUGAACACCACCAAACUUCGCGGCAUCAAGUGCUGCGGUGGGACGUGGACCGGCGGCGAUCCCAGCCGGCGCUUGGUCGACAACGCGACCAACACGACGGGAUUCCAGGCGGCAGAUAGCGCCGAUUGCUUUCAGUGCUACGUCGACAACACCAACAAAAAGGUGGGGCCUCCCACGAUUUACGCUGGGCAGUUCUUUUGCGUCCCCAAGGACGAGUGCCUUUCACAAAGCGCGUUCCCAUAUGCUUGCAGCAAUGUCAACCUGUGCACGUCAGCACCUGGUGUGUUGUGCAACAACCACGGCACGUGCUACCCCAAAGACAUUGACGACCCCAAGACGUCGUACGGAUGCGCCUGCGAUACGGGAUUCGGUGGCGAACAGUGCGAAAAAGUCCUUUCCAACACGUGUCAGUUUGACUGCGGAGACGGUAACACUAAAGGCAUGUGUGUGAACGAUGCAUGCAAGUGCCGCGACGGGUGGACCGGCGACCAGUGCCAAAAGUGCACGACGGACGACGCAUGCAACGGCCUCUGCGACACCGUUUCGGGCACGUGCUCGUGUGCUGUUAACGCCCUCGUCGAGUAUUCGCUCAAGGCCAACGUGUGCUACCAACAGGGAACUAAAUCCGUGGCGGACAUGUCGUCAUGCGCCAGUGUCACAUGUGGCGCCGCUGGGUUUUGCACGGCCGGCAAGUGCUUUUGCUCGUCCGGAUGCGUCGGCUCUGCGUGCACCCCGUGCGUCGACACCGCGUGCGCCACAUGCACCAGCUCUGCGACAUCGUUUUUGCGUGGUGGGUGGCUGCUGUGGACGGUCGUGCUGGCGGCGCUGACAUGGACUAGCAGCGCGGUCGCGUAAUUGCGACAUAUUUAUGCGCCGUCUACGUAGUAGUUCCUCCACAUAAAGCGAUAUCAAUAUGACAUUACCACUAUACACAUA